ACAGCACCAUCUCUGGCAGGUGGUGUGUGCUUUAAAACCAUACAGUAGGGUAAUGUUUAGGGCGAUAGGUAGCUGGUUCUAGGGAAAUAAACACACUUUAGGUUGUUAAUUUGUCGACUUUUGUUUCGUAGUUGUGUUUUACGUGCCAGUACGUUUCCUUUUAAAGCCACCGGAAUCGCAGUGAGUGAGAUUAGCGUCGGGGUUCCCCUCUCUGAGACAGACACUUUGUGCUUUACAAGCGGCGAAUUACUGCUCCUUCAUCAUGCAGAAGAAAGACGGAAAAGCCCUACAUGUUGACUAUAUUUCGCCACCGGUGUAAGUCUGAAUGAGCGAAAAACCACCCGGCGACGACCGAAGACAAGGGCUCACAUCCUGGAUCUGCCUCACCUCAUCCGCCGGUGUAGCAAUAUACAAUAUGUUGUGUUGAUGACAUUUUUUGGGGGAAGUGGUCGUUCCUUUUGUUUUCAUUUCGGGAUAUGUGAUAUGCGGAUCCGCGAACGCCACGAAACGCAAAGGAGUUUUUUUUUUCUGCUUUGAAAAUGAGGAAGCGUUUUCAUAAAGACCCAGAAAAUGGCAAGAAGGUCUCGUCGUCCGUGGGCCCGGAUUUGAGUAAAAUGAGAAGGAAAGGAGCAAAUGCAACAGCAGCAUGAUUUUUCUCUCCCCCCCUACAGAAUGACACCAAAGGAGGUAGAAAAGGUGGCGGUAGAUAAGACGCAGCAUCAAUGAAGGCGAUCUGGACAAGUUUUGAGUCGCUCAUAAUGAACAGAAUUACUUUGCAGCUCGACAGCAGAUCGUUUCCACAAUAGUGAAGAUUUUUUUCAGCUUGGGAGGUUUUCUAAUUCACCAGUAUUCUGCAUUUGUUAUCUAUUUUUGAUUAUAUUUUUGAUUUCUCUGUUUAAAAAAACAAACUUUUGGUCCGGAUCCAGCCCUGACUAUUCAAUGGAAGUAUGUUAUCAGCUGCCGGUGUUGCCUCUAGACAGGCCGGUUCCCAAGCAUGUCCUCAGCCGGAGGGGAGCCAUUAGUUUCAGCUCCAGCUCGUCUCUCUUCGGGGCUCCUGAUCCAAGACAGCUGUCACAGAGACGAGGGGCCAUCUCCUACGACAGCUCCGACCAGACAGCACUGUACAUUCGCAUGCUAGGAGAUGUGAGAGUGAGAAGUCAGGUUGGGUUUGAACCGGAACGAAGAAGCUCCCACCCUUACCUGUGCAUCGACUUCAGGACUCUUCACACGCGGCUGGGCCAUGGGACCACGGCAGCGGGCUCCUCUCCGGAGAGGAGGGUCCACAGACUGCUCAGCUUCCAGAGGUACCUGCACUCCUCCCGGCUGCUGCGGGGCGUCCCCCAGCAGAUCCCCCUCCACAUCCUGGAUGAAGACUACACUGGACAGGCCAGAUGCAUGCUGGAGAAAGUCGGGACCUGGAAUUUUGACAUUUUCCUCUUCGAUAGGUUGACAAACGGGAACAGCCUGAUCACCCUGACCUUCCACCUGCUGAACCAGUACGGCCUGGUGGAGCUCUUCCAGCUGGACAUGGUCAAACUGUGGAGGUUCCUGGUCAUGGUCCAGGAGGACUACCACAGCGACAACCCCUACCACAACGCUGUCCACGCUGCCGACGUUACACAGGCCAUGUACUGCUUCAUGCAGGAACCCAUUCUUGCCAAGUCUCUGACCUCCUGUGACAUCCUUCUGGGACUCAUCGCCGCCGCCACACACGACCUGGACCAUCCGGUCAACCAGCCUUUCCUCAUCAAGACUGACCACUAUCUUGCUACACUCUAUAGGAAUACCUCAGUUCUGGAGAACCACCACUGGAAGUCAGCAGUGGGCCUGCUCAGAGAGACCGGGCUCUUUUCCCAUCUGCCCGCGGAGGACAGUCUGAACAUGGAGAGGGAGUUGGGCUCCUUAAUCCUGGCCACCGACAUCAGCCGACAGAAUGAUUACCUGUCCAGGUUCCGCCGGCACCUGGACCAGGACAACCUGUGCUUGAGCAACGCCAGCCACCGGCACUUCCUCCUGCAGAUGGCUCUGAAGUGCGCGGACAUCUGUAACCCCUGCAGACCCUGGGAGCUGAGCAAACAGUGGAGCGAGAAAGUGACCGAUGAGUUCUUCCAACAAGGAGACAUUGAGAAGAAGCACAAACUUGAAGUGAGCCCGGUUUGUGACAGAGGGAUCAACACAGUGGGCGACAUUCAAAUCGGCUUCAUGUCGUACGUGGUGGAGCCGCUGUUCGCAGAGUGGACCCGCUUCUCCGACACACGGCUCUCCCAGACCAUGAUGGGCCACAUGAGGCUGAACAAGGCCAGCUGGGGGGCCCUGCAGCAGCAACAAACCUCCGUCUCCGUGGAGGCGGAGCCCAGCUCACCCGGCACCGACGCAGAAGACGGCGGCGCUACAGGAGGAAGCAGCUCCAAAGAAAUACCUCAGGGAAGCAGAGAAUCCUGACACUCAUCGUGAGCCCUUUCACCUCGACCCCUGACCCCGGGGCCUCCCCACACACUGGGGGCCGAGUGGGGCCUGCAGCUCCACCUGAUCCUAACAUGUUUUUUGUUUUGUUGCUUUUGCCUCUCAUCUUGAUAAACCACUGAUUUUAUUUAAUUUAUUUAAUUUUUAAUUCCUGUUUUUGGCAUAGAGCAAUACAUAGAUACCUCAUUUGGCUACUGCUGUAUUUUCUUUCAUUUGCUUUGGUUUAUUUAUUUGUCCACUGUCGUUUUUGGCAUUACUGACUGAACACACCACUUGUUUUGUUGGUGAACCUUAAGGGGGAAAGCAGUAUAAGAACUGAAGAAGACUUUUUUUUGUUCUGGUAUUUUGAAGUGCCAUUUGAAAACAAAGAUUUGAAGAAUGAUCUGAACUGAAAUAACUGGAGUAUUCAGACACGAGACCCUCCUUAGACUUUGAAUCAAUGCCGUGUUGCAUCUGUAUUGAAGAUUCUUCCUCAUGUCGAGAAAUAAAAUGUGACAAGCCCGGUCCUUUUGCUGCCUCUACGAAGACUGUUUACGCAUCUCCUUGUUUGUUGUGACUUUCCCUUGAAGUGAAUCACGUCGGCUCCACGGUUUGCCUUCGAAGCACAGAUGUGAAGAACCACUCGUCAUCCCACUGUUGAAGCCAUGAGCAGAACCUUAUACAAACACCCCAGAUGCCAUAAGUAACUCCACCUGUGCUACCAUGUGUCCUUGCACUCCCCAAUAAAAGACAGUGGUGGAUGUGCAGCGACCCGUGAAGGUGUUGUAGUCCUUCUCCACGUAUCUUCCAGUGCUGGUUGAACUCGGGGGAGCACCCCCACCCCACACUGGAGAUCAGAUACUCACUGCACAUGCAUCUCACCUGGAACUCGCUCAGGGUCUCUUUAUCGCGCAGGAGAGGGGGGGGGAGGCGACUGCGGACGAUGCAGGGCUGUGUUUUUGUUCCUGGCGAGGAUCUACUGAAGGAGACUCUCCCCCUCCGCAGAAUGUCUCUCAGCCACAUGCAACCUAAAGGACUGCUCGAUCGAUGCCUUAUAACUAUGCACAAACUAUGCUAAGUGACCAAACCAGCUCCUGUUCCCAUCAAGUGCAUGGUGUGCUUGUCUUUUGAAUGCACUGUCCAAUCCCUUUGCCUUUUUGUUGUGAGGAACAACUCCAGCUGUCCUUCUUUUUUGUACCCAAACAAAAUGGUCGAGUGACUUUUGAACAUUCCAUUUCUCCGUGUUUGGUUCGUCUCCUCCGAUUCUGUAUAGUGGCACAAAUUGUGUUUGUGUUUUUUCGAAAGAUAACAGGUGCUUUUCUUACUUUAGCUGAUUUGUAUUUUUGCUGUAAGUGCUGUAAGACUGUUGAUAAAACUGUUUACAAUUUGUUGCGACAGCCAUUUUUGGGAAGACUUUGGUGUCGAGCCAGAUUUUGUAAAGGCUUUGCUGUAUUGACCUUUUUGAUACAUGCCUGUUGCAGUUACGAUUUGAAUAAUAAAACCUGUUGUUGACUAA